CGGUAGCCCACAGAACAGAGAAGCUGCUCUGUCCAAGCCUGCCUCAAACAUCGCAAAGCAAUGAGGACCUGCAGCCUCCUCCUCGUUGCCGCCGCCGCCGCCGUCUUCGCCAUCGCCGCGGCCGACACGGAGAUCCUUGGGGGAUGGGGGGUUAUCCCCGACAUUGAGCACGCCGCCCACGUCCAGGACAUUGGCGCGUGGGCGGUGGCGGAGCACGUCAAGCGCGCCAACGACGGGCUCAGGUUCGGCAGGGUGGUGCGCGGCGAGGAGCAGGUCGUGGCCGGCGUGAACUACCGGCUGGGCAUCGUCGCGGUGAACCUCGCCGGCCAGAACGCCACGUACGACGCCGUCGUGUACGAGCAGAUCUGGACCAACACGCGCCGGCUCAUCUCCUUCGACCGGGCCAAGUGACCGAGCGACGAUCCUUAAUUUCAGCCUGGAGCGAUUAGGUUUUUGUCGGUUCAGGAUUUUUUGGAUGUAAUAAGAGAAGAUUGCGGCCAUGUUAUCCCGGGGUUUAGGGGUCAACUUUCCAUGGUCUUGAUCAUUAUCUACUGAAUUAUUACGGAUCAUUUUAGGACUUGUAUGGACCCAGCAAAAAAUUUGGUUACAUACAGUCGCUGGC